GGCGAGGUACAGUUUGCAGACGGAAGCAGAUCAGAACAUAGAAAACUUCACUCACCAUCAUGCAUGUGUUCAACUACCAGAAGAUUUGCGUCAUUUGAAACAACUUAAGGAGGGAAAAAAAAAAACUCAGAGGACUACAAGAAUUCAGUCAGCAGACAGAAACAACAAUAACCCAGUGCUUAGACAUGGCCAGCACCCAGACCAGUUUGAAAACCCCUUUCAAAGACUUGACCUCAUUCAAGGGCAACAUGAAACGACUUUACAGAGAGCGACUGGAAGACGCUCCCAUCAAGAAGCGAGUGAUGGCGGAGAUCAACCUGAAACGCCGCAACUUGGAUUCCCUCCCCAAAAGUCCCAAGGUGAAGAGAGAGCAGAUCGAUGAUCUGUGCCACGACUCUGACAUGGAUGUGGAGGGACGGGCUGAACUGCACGUGGUGGGCUCUGCUAAAGCCCUGGACCUGAGUCCUGGGCUCAAACACACACUGGCCCAGUUCACCCUCAGCAGCCAGAGCUCCCUCGGGGGCCCAGCUGCCUUCUCAGCCCGCACCGGCCACGAGCAUUCCCCAGCCGGCAUGCCCCCCCUGCCCUCCCCUCCUGUUCUGGGAGGGGGCCCUCUGCUGGUUCCCUGUGACAGCUCCACUGAACUCACCCACUCACUGUUGGAAGGAGAGUCUAUCUCCUGCUUUGUCGUUGGGGGAGAGAAGCGGCUUUGCCUGCCCCAAGUGCUCAACUCUGUACUCCGCGACUUCUCACUGCAGCAGAUCAACACUGUAUGUGACGAGCUCUACGUCUACUGCUCACGCUGCGACGCUGAGCAGCUGCACAUCCUUAAGGUGCUGGGCAUUCUGCCGUUCAACGCACCUUCCUGUGGCCUCAUUACACUGACAGAUGCACAACGGUUGUGCAACGCUCUUCUGCGUCCUGGGGCGGCCUUGCCUACCGACCCCAGUGGUAAGCUGUCGACCCAGGGCCUGCUGAAAGAGAGCGAAGCCAGUUUCCAGGUGGAGCACCAGUGUCUGGGGAAGUGCCAGGGUCUCUUUGUGCCCCAGUUCUACACCCAGCCUGAGGCACCCUGCAUCCAAUGCGUUGAGUGCCAGUUGCUCUUUUCACCACAGAAGUUUGUCAUGCAUUCACACAAGUCACCUGAUAAGAGGACCUGCCACUGGGGCUUUGACUCAGCCAAGUGGCCCUGCUACCUGCAGCUUGCCAGGAAGUACCAGGGCACGCCUGAGGAGCCAAAACUCAAGCAGCUCCUGAACGAGGUCAAAGAGAAGUUCCACUACAAGCUCAAGAGGUCGCUUGAAAAAAAGGCAGUGGAGGAGGAGGAGAGCCAGGUGAGGAAAUCCUCUGCAGAUCUGUGCUCCCCCAACAGCAAGUUGGCCGACGGUGACCCUGCGAGAAAGGGGAAAACAUCUCCACCCACUCUGGUGUUUAACCGUCUUUUCUCGGACAUCAAGGAGGAGCCAGGACACCCCACCCUGGUCCAUCCCAGUUACUACCUGUACACAUACGAUAAAAUGGUGGCUCCCAACGUGUCUCUACGGAGGGAGGCGGAGAUGAGCCCUGAGGUGUUCGGAGCGCUGCUCAAGCACCACUACAGCCGCAGAGUGCUGGGCCACGACGAGCCACCCAUGGAUCUUCAUGCGUCGCCUCCCGUCUCUGCUGGCGCCGAGGAGGCCAAAUCCCAACGUGCUGCUGCUGCCUCGGCCACCGAGCGGGAAUGCCAAACCCAGGCAGUUUCCAUGGAGACAAGCAGCCAGAGCUGCAAGAAAGCCACCCAGAACCCCGCCCACACCCCUCCUCCUCUCCCUGCGUCGUUGUUGUCGCCGGUAACGGAAGUAGCGUCUAAGGACACAAGCUCUGCCACGAGUGCUGCAGUGGUGGUGGGGGGGCUGGAGGACGACAAGGACAGGAUUGUUGUGGAGAUCAUGCAGAUGUACAGCAGGCAGCAGGAGAAACUCAACUCCACCCUGCACAAGCAGCUGCAGCUGGAAAUGGAGCUGGAGGCGUUGCGCGGGGGCGAGGCGGCACGGCUACGGGAGCUGAGCGCCGAGCAGCGGGAGCUGCGCUGCGAGCUGGAGGCGGUGCACAGUGAGCAGGCGCGGCAGCUCAGUCAGGCCCGCCAGGAACAACUGGAGCUGGAGACCCGUCUGGAGCAGCUCCGACAGCAGGCCUGUGCCUGCGAGCCGGGGGCACAACGCCAGCAAGAGGCCCACUACACUGCACAGUUGUCGGAGCUGCGUCAGAGGCUGGAGCAGGCGGAGGCGGACCGGCAGGAGCUACAGGAGGAGCUGCGCAGGGAGCGGGAGGCACGGGAAAAGCUGGAGCGCACAAUCACCCAGCUCAAGCAGCAGAUGGCCCAGUCUGGCACGGUGGGAGGCAGCCCCUCUCCUCCUCCUACUCCUUCUACCGGACCCCCUAACGCCCACUCCCCACCCUCCUCCUCCUCUUCCUCUUUCUCAGAGGCCCCAGCGGCUGGCCAGAAGUAACUGCCACCCCUCCAGGCACCUCCCUCCCUCAUUCCUCUCCCAAUCACCCGCCAACUUUACAGACACAAACACAUCAGCCUGAAGCAGAAAGGAGCUUCACAUCUCCUCGGGCUGUUUUUUUUAAGUUUGCAUCUUGCCCUUCCCUUUUAUUUCAACGUAGGACUGACUUUUGUUUUUGUAAUUUAACAUCACUUAAAAGAAAGAUUUUUCGUUGUGUUUUUUUUUUAUUACUUGUUCUUUUGCUCCCCUCUCCUCUCUUUAAGCAGUAUUUAAAGAUUUUUUUUGGGCAUGUAUGUUUUGAUUUAAUUUAUGAUUUUUACUGAACAAGCAGCUGCUUCACAGACAGGAGUUCGGUCCCGUUUAGACCAACUCAACCCAUCACUAUUUUGUUUUCUCCCCCAUGGUUGUCACCCUCCUCUUCCAACCCUCCUCGCUCUCUCUGGAUUCUGGAGCUAAUUACUUGGAGACGUCACUUCAUGCUACUACCUGGCACAGCAACUGGUGCCCACGGACACAAUAUGGCGCCUGGUUGCGUGCCCCUUCUCCGUUUUUCUGUACGUAUAGCCCCAGCUCUCAAGUACCAGCGACUGCAGGAAACUGCAUGGACAUUUCAAUUGUUUUUUCUUGCUCCUUAUCAAAAAGACACAGAAAAAAAGUGUAUUAACGUGUUAAAAACAUCAAAUCUAUAUGGAGGAGAAAGACCUUUGCUAUACAAAAAAAGACGGAUGUCGUAAAACCUCAUGAAAAUAUGCCAAUAGUGACCAUGAACUUGAAAUGAGUGUUUUGAGUGUGACCCCCACAAGGUAGCUAGCUAGAAAACCGUCUGGCCUGGACCCCAGCUGCUCCUUACACAGACUAGUUUACCCUCUUCACUCUGCUGGGCAGCACCUGGACUCUCCUGUCUUAGACCAAACAGUCUGUCGGUUGAUCCACCAGCUGCCCUGUGUCUCUCUGACCCCCCACCCCACCCCUUCACAUGAGGCCUCACACCUUCCUCCGCUGUAUGAUAGCACCAUAGCCCUCUGCUGGAAAACUCCUCAACGCUUGUUUUUCACCCACUUUGGGCUAGACAGGAAACUCUGUGCUGUUUUCAGGCUUGGCAUGAAGAAGCUCACGAGCAGUGUUAUGCACUUAACGCGCUCUCCUCCCCCAGUAUCCCCUGGGAAAGGAAUGUGUCUGGACACGGGGGCCGGUUGAGCUGGUGUAGCUUUUCUAAGAAAGAAGAAAGGCAGAGUGUCACAUUUGUGCUAGCUGCACAGUGGUACCAUAAUACAUACGACAUCCUUGCAUGCCCGCACACACUCAAGUGUGUCAGCGCAGUCCAGGCUUUCAGGCAGAACAAUGGUCCAGCGUUCCCAGCAGAUGAUCAAAGCACCAGUCUGUCCCUGUUUUCUGGGCUUCUUUUUUGUAUAAUUUGACUUCAUUGUUUGCAGACAGUUUUAUCCCCACCCUGUUUGUCAGAGCAGCAUCUAAGAAUGUGGGUCGCAGGUGAAAGCAGUUAGUCUAGGGUGGUUUGGGCCUCUGGUCCGGCCCCUGCUUCACGUUAUUCUGCCUGGCUGAACAAACAGCACCGGGCAGGAAGAGGAAGAGAGGGGAGGCGAGGAUUGAGGGGAGCGCUUGGGGGACUGGUGCGCUCUUCCCCGCGGCAGGCUGGGUGGCCCAGACGCCGGAGGUACUGAGGGAACCCUUUUUGUUUUGUGCCGUCAGAAUGGGGGCAGCUGUUGUUGCGUGGGGGCCUCUGCCCACCCUCGGGUGAGACUGUACAGGAUCCCCCAUCUCUCAACUCUCUCCCUCCUCUCCCACAAUACGGCCGCCACUCACUCACACAUACCCGUCCAUCCAUCUCCAGUGUCAGAUCAGCUGGGGGUGUGCAGUGUUUGUAGAUGCCCAGGAGAGCGAGCAGACGUUCAGCCAGAGGAAGAGAGGACUUUUAUUGUGUCAGUUGCCAGGCAAAAGCGCUUUUUAUUGCCACUAAGGAGAUCCCUGUAAGCGAGUGUGAGUGUGUGUAAAUAAUUGUUUAAAAACAGAAGGGGAUCGGCCUCAGCUAAACUCUGAGCUUUUUUUAUGCAUCUGCUAUAAAUGCAAAUUGAUAGACAUUCCACUGUGCUCCAUCCUGUUGAAUGCAGAUUUUCUUACACAGCUUCCCUUUACAAUAACAGACCUUAAAGACCGGGCAGAGUACAGUUAUGGUUUGUUGAUAGUCAUAAAUGCAGGUGCAGGUGAAAGCCAGUAAAAUCAAACCCAUGCUGCAAAUGUACACUCUACUGUUGUUCCAUUUAAACCUUUAUUGAAAUUAUGAAAGAAAAUAUUUAACGUAUUAACUAAAGAUUUAUAUUCACUUUGUAAAUACAGUAGUCAUUAAUAUAUUAACUGUUCUUAUAUGAAAAAUCUUCAAAAGGUUAUAUAAAUUGGACCAGAACUAAGGCGUCAGAUGUUUUUUGCUUUCUUUUUUUAAGAAGUGAUCUUUGCAGAUAUCAGAACUUGACUUUAGUCGAGUUGAUGUGGGGGAUUGAAACGCAUGGUUUACUGAGACAUGAUGCAGGACAAAGGCAAAAUAGGAAAAUGAUACUUUCUUACACACUUUCCCCCUUUCUGAACUGAUGCAUUUGUUUUUUUGUGGAUUUCAUCUUGACGAACUGUUUAACGUGUGAUGUAAUGAGCUUUUCCCAGUUAAACCCCCUCCCCUGAGCUAAAUUGAAAACAAAACAUUUGUUAAAGAAAUGCAUUUUGGAAAAAAAGAAAACAAAAAAUGUUUGUUUUUUUGUUUUUGUUUUUGUUUUUUUUUGCAUGUUUUGCUACCCCCUAUGUUUUGUGUCACUGGGCCACUCUAUCAGUCUGUUCAUUGUUAAAAAAAAAAAAAAAAGAUCUUUUCCCUCUGCGUAACGCACAAACUUUUGAGACGGCUCAUAUGCAUGAACAUUAAACAUGUGCAAGUUUUAUAUCAUUAUUGGUUUAGAGGUUGGCUAAAUAUAAAAUCAGUUUAUGAACAUAAAAUGCAUAAAAUGUAGCCUAAUUUGAUUUGGAAAUUGUGUGUGUGUGUGUGUGUGUGUGUGUGUGUGUGUGUGUGUGUGUGUGUGUGUGUGUGUGUGUGUGUGUGUGUGUGUGUGUGUGUCUUAGCCUCCCAUGUCUGACUGAAGCACAGCAGCUUUGAAAAGGGAAAGAAAAACUCGCUCAUUUAGCUCUGGAUGUUUAGUUAUGUUUUCUGAUUCUGAUCAUAUAAUCCUUAUCUGGAUGUGUUAACAUCACUCAAAAGAUAAUCAGUAUUAGUUUUUAUUGAUAUAAUUGCCUCUUUAACAGAACAAAAAAAAACUUUGAAUAAAUCAUAUUAGCAGAUAACUUAUCACUUUCUGUGUAAUUUGCAUUUUAUACACAAGGGGGUGUUGUUUAGCUAAUUGUACACCAUAAUGAAAAAAGGACUAAAUGUAAACGAAAGGGGAGAAGAACAACACGGUGUGCUGGGCCUUUUUGCAUUUUGCAGUGUUAUGACAUGGAUGUGCUUUGUGCAGAAUUUUUACAGGUGUAAAGUUUGCGCAACCGAUGAACACAAUGUGAAAGGCGCAAAGUUUUACAAUGCAAACACAUUUGAAUCUAGGAUUUACAUACCCAUUGCCUCCUGGCUAUGUGAAGAAAACUAGUAAACAAGUCCAGGGUGACCUUUGAACAGUUGGAGGUGGUAUGCCUGGUAGUUGGGCAAAUAACUUUGAGCAAGUAAUUAUUCUAUGUCCUUGUGGGAGAAGUAGGAAAUAGGGCUGUAUUGGUGAUUGAUCACACAGAUCACUAGUUACUAAGAAAAGGUACACCACAUUUUAAUUUAUACACAUCCUGUUAUAAAUGAAAAAAAUAUUCAUGGCUUUGCUAAAAAGAACCCUUUCCCCCCUCAGUGCUGUUCUGAAACAUGAAACACAGUGUCUGUGUAUGACCAUUGCAUACUACGUUGCCAAUACUACAGUGUGAUGAGACUUUUGUUCUUGCAUGAAUCGAGACACUGUUCUCCUACCUCAUGUUGUGAUAUAAAAAGAUGUUUUUUAAGCAGAAGACACUGCAUCUCUAACUGUUUAUCAUUGAUAUUUACUAGUAAAUUACAUACCUGUAAAUGCUUUUAGCUAAUACCUCAGUUGUAUCUAGUGUUUGUUUUUUUUCUGUUUUUGCCCUUCCCUGAUUUCAGAUCUUGUAAAUAUACCCUGUAUAGACAAUGAACUUGGAUCAAAUUCAAGUAAAGUUCUGUAGUGUCAAACUGG